AACCGCAAAGUAUCGCGUGACAAGUCAUGUGCCCAGUUUGCAUGUGUAGAUAAAAGAUACGGGAAGCUCAAGACAACUGCAUACAGAUUUGACUACGUAUACAGAGAACAUGGAACGUGUCGUUGCAACUGCGUUGUUUUCUAUCUUGACCGUUAUAUUCCUGCAAACAGCCGUGGCUGCCAAACCUGGAGCUGACAUUCGAGUGACCAGGAAAGGACUUGCCUACGCUGGUGAGAUUGGUGCUAAAGCCUUGAGAAAGCAAAUUGUGACAACAAAUAUUCCCAAUUAUGCUGGAUCUGGCCAUUUUAUCAAGUACAACUUCUCACACAUUAAUGUUUUCUGAGUUGGACCUCUGCAGAGUUACAUCCCAAGGAAUCUGUCCAGAGGCAUUACCUGGGUACUAAAAGAUGUUAUGUUUGAGUUGACAGCGGACUUCUCCGUGUCAUUUUGCAUAUGGAAGAGCCAUGGCACCGUAAGCUACUCUGUGGGAAACUCAAGCUUGUACCUUCCAUUAUCUAUAGGUGUUGAUAAUGCUGGGCGACCAAAGGUGACAUCAACGUCAUGUCGCUUUGAAGUGGACGACUCUUCCCUCAUUUUUUAUGGUAAACAUGCCUGGUUUUUCAACUUCCUGGCAAGGACGUUCAAGGGCGCAAUCUAUGGAUUCUUUCAGAAAAUGAUUUGCUCAGCGUUCAGGACUGAAGUCAACAAAGGUGCAGCCAAAUAUUUCGGCAAUUAUCAAGUGAAUAAGACUGUUGGGCCAUUGUUUACCGUGGAUUACAGACUGGUUAGCCCCCCUUCUUUCAAUGCCAGCUACAUGGAGGUUUCCUUAAGGGGUGAGACUUUCUGGACAAAGAAGCGGAGUAGAACCUCUGUGCCAGUUCCUCAGUUGCCACCCUUUGUUGCUAAAAACCGCACGGUGUAUUUCAUGCUGACGGACUACGUGUUUAACACCCUGGGACAAGUUGCUUUCAGACAAGAGCUGUUACAAAAAGUCCUGACCUACAAAGAUCUGCCAAGUGAUCAACAGUAUUUCUUUAACACAACCUGUCCUCGGAACUUGUGCUUUGGCAAGCUCAUAGCUCAGACUGCUGUUAUGUUUCCCAAUAGCCGAGCUGAGUUACACAUCAAGACAAGUGAGAGACCAGUGUUCACCAUAUCGCAGAGCUCACUGGAUAUCUCGUUUUCAUCAAAUAUUAUAUUCUACAUGCGACGCCCAAAUGGAAACUCAACUUACAUCUUUGCCAUAAAGACGAAACUGGAUAUUCAGCUUCAUGCUCUGUCUCAUGACAUUCCGACUAAGGGGAGACUGACAGCUGCCAUCAACUCGACCAGCCUGUCUGUGGGCAUACUGAAUUCUGCUAUUGGAGCCAUAAACCUGAAUCUCCUGAACACCCUGAUGGACACCAUUAUCAGUCUGUACGUUCGCCCACAACUUAACAAGCUGGGGGCAUUUGGUUUCCCUCUGCCUGUGUGGAGCACGAAGACCCGUUUUCAAAACAUACAGAUCAUUCAAGCUCAGAAUGCACUCAUUAUUGGGGUGGAUGUCAAAUAUGUGAAAGAUGAGAUGCUGUGGAACUUUGGCCACCAUAUUGCUGGAUUUAACUACAAGGAAGAGAAUCCUCAAAGAUCUUUCCAAGUUGUCGAUGGAAACAGUGGCCAGCGUCGGCAGCCCAUCAAGCUUUAAGCUGGAACCAUCUGAAUCUUCUUUCUGUGAAGGCAGUAAAACUGUCCUUCAGUAAAAUGGAGAAAGUCCACUCUGUGUGAUAGCGUUUGUCAGUGUUUUGUUACAACACUAUAAUCAGCAAACUAUCCAGUGUUAAUUUUUUGGUAACUCUUAUUUGAAAGCAAAGCUUUAACUGUUGCUAAACUUUGUCUAUAAAUGUGUAAUUAAGCUGGCUAAAAAUGUCUGGUUUUAUUGUUGUUUUUAUCUUUUGAAUGUCCUUGUAGUUUUAGACGUAAGUUUGCUUUUAAAUGGUUUGUCAAGAGUUCCGUAUUUUUGGUAUGGUACAGCUGAGUAUAUAAAUACAUAGUUUAUAUAUAUUUUAUCAUAGUCUUUAGAUGGUUUCCUGUAACCUUUUUACAGCGUGUUGAUCUGAAGUUCUCUCGUAUUGACAUGAUCGAGAUGGAGUGUUACAUUCUAAAUGUAACUUUAGUCUAUCACUUAAAAAUGAGCCCCCAUUCCCACCUCUUCCCCUUGUGCCUCAGUGAGCAGACCUCUUCACAUGCUCAUGGUCACCUCUUCACCUUGUGC